UUAACCCGACGCGAAUGAUGCGCGGGAUAAGACAGAUUGCGGCAUUUGUUUGGAAUGGAAAAGGUCGAGUAAGGUAAAAUGUUAGUGUUAUGCUUCCUUGGCCUGUAGACGAAAAAACAUGAAGAACUAAAAAGCACACAUAACCUAGGCCUACGUUAUGUUUGAAACCGCGGAGACCAGUCAGAGAGAUUUAUUUUGAUCGAUUACAUUGAGACAGUCGCGUUCUUCAUGUUCUCUUGUGUGACCAACAACCAAUGGCAGCUAAAUACAUGUACAAAUAAUUACAUCAUAUGUAGCCUACAUGGACAAGCUUACAAAUCUGUUGUCGGAAAAUGUUGAUGACAGUUCUUGGGACGAAGAACUUAUUUGCCGUCUGCAGGCCUACAUCAGGGCUUUUCUGACCCGCAAGCAAUUUCAGGAAGUGAGGAGCCUGUAUAAGGAAAUAGUCCGUGAAGUAGAAGGGGACAUCCUCUUGGGUAACCAGACAAAUGUCUCGUGGAGAACACAUCUCCCUUGCAGGCCGCGUUGUUCCCCAAAACUUAGAAAGUGUUUUGCUGUUGUGAAAGACGGAACAAAGACUACACAGACCUGCCUCACUCCAUCUGGCCAACGACCUGUUGAAGGUGCUGAUCAGGAUGUCAAGAGUCAAGGAACUGACCUUGAUUCUAGAAGCCAUCAGGAAGAGAUCCCUUUUGAAGCAGAUGGUAAGGAGUUAUCAGGACUUGGCGGAGAAUGCCAAGAUCCUGUUCAUCAAGUACAUGCAGAGACCCUCCCUUCAUGUGAAGGUGAAGGUUUACCUGAACUUGACAAAGUUCUUGUUAAUCAAGGCCAAAGUUUGACCCCCUCUGAAGAAGGGAAUGAAUCAGUCGACUUUCAUGAUUCUACCAGACGACUUGAAUCUGUAUCUGAGAGAAGUAGCAAGCACUCCAAGCAGGGUUCCCCAUCAACCAGUGUGGACUACACUCUCGAUUUCGAAUCUUGCUCCAGUUCAGCAACGUCAGAAGCUGCAAGAUUAAUUUCCACUAGUACUCAGCUGAAGUUGCAACAGGACUCCGGGAAUGCUGCUUCUCUGGAACUUUGUGUCGUCGCACUUGCAGGUGACAAAACUGCAGUGACAGAGGGAAAUUUGCCCAACGGGAAUCAGGUCUCUGAAGUUACAUCAGACAAGAUGGAUGAAAAGCAGAUGGAAAAGAGAGAAAAUGAUUGGAAUUCUGCCGAAGAUUUCACCCCAGUCCAAAGCAGUGGGACCAACACCAUAUCACAACCAAAUCUGCAAAGGCUGGAUAGAAAAUCCCCUGACGAUUGCAUACAUGUAGAUGGAAUGGUGUCAUCGACCAGAGAUGAGGUCAGAACAUUUUCACCAGAGGGAGACGAAGAAGCAAUGUCUGUCUCACAAGAAGAGGCCAGUAAGUCUGGUGGAAGCUCAGAUGCUAAAGAUAGCCUCAAAGUUGCACCCUCAAAGAUGCAGGAUCUGACCGAGGAGAGUAGGGGAGACUUAAAUGUACAUGUAGCUUCCAACACGUUAACAGAUUGCCAAGAUCAAGUAAAUAGAAACUCAAAUCAAGAUCAAGCAAACGGAAAGUCAAAAAUGGAAUCUGUCCCAACUCCACCUCAUCCUCCAAACGUUUCUGAUGAAGGGAAGGCGGCAGCAGAAUCCACAAUGCAUGGGAGCAGAGAUGAAGAAGAGGAGGGAGGUGGUUUGGGGCCAGCCACCAGGGAGAUGCAGGAGGCUAGGGAAACCACUCGGCUGGCCUCAGAGAAGAGAAGCUAUGAGCAAGACUUCUCCAUCGCAGCGGAUAUGACAUCCAUCUGGAGCAAUGAAAAUUCAUUCACGGAGAUGCCUGACUCUGAUUAUCCGAUUGAUCUCAGGGAACUGCAGAGGCUGCGCAACAGUGUUGCCCUGGAGCUGCUCUGGGUACAGCAAGCUAUUGCCAGUAGAAAGAAUUACCUGAGGCUGAAGAGUAACAUGGAGCCGCCUGGGCAGCAGAGAGCUGAAAACCUCUGAUAUUUGGAAAAGGCAAUGGUAAAAUUAGUGUCGUAGUCCAUGAUAUUGUUGGGUUAAUUUUACGUGAGUGUUUGUUUCUUGUAUGUUCUUAAUAUUUGCAUCCUCCAAAAUGUUCGCAUCCUUCAAAAUCACAUAUAAGUCAUCGACGAAAAAGCAUGAAUUACAUGUAUUGGGCUUUUCAUUUUACACGAAACUGGUAGAAAUUUAUUGCAGUUCAGCACCAGUUGGAUCAUCACCUUUUCUGAUUUAGCCGUUUUGUUGCCAGCGUAGAACCAGCCCCUUGGUGUUCUUGAUAGCAAAGUUGCAGGUCAUCAAAUGGUUACCUCAUGAGGUUUUGUUAAUCACAGCAUAUAGACAUAAUAUCUGGAACACUUCACUUCAAAGCAAACAUUUUUUCUCAGAAUUCAUUACUAGAGCCUCUGCCUUUUGAAAGAAAUUUAUUAAACGAGACGAACGUUCUUUAAUGGUGUUGAAAACCACUCAAAGCUUUCUCGCAGUGAGCUUUCUGUGGACAGGCAGUCCUCAGAGGACUGCCAACAGGUAUUUUUUCAUUGGGUGAACUACACUCAGUCCUAAUUUCUAGAAGAACAUUCUGUUUAGUCGAUAUCUGGCUCACAUUUUGAAGAACAGAACAGAAUUGCAUACAUGUACAUCUGUGCUGCCAGUCAACCGCGGAACUCGCGCGCUGCCUAAAGUAGAUCAUAUUUUCGAAGAAGGACGACAAGACAAGUUUGAGAAGAAAAACAGUGUCAAGACUGCUGUCUAGUGGAUUAGCCUACUCUAAGACGUUUCUUGUAGCUGGGCAUUUUCUUUACAGAAAUGGCAUUGUGCAUGUGGCUAGGGAUUUGAUAAACUGGUUCUGUAUGUGGGGUUCGCUGAAGAAUUUAAUCAGCAGUGCAUGCAUUGUGCGUGCGAAAUCGGCACUCUACGAACCAAAUCUGAAAGAUUUCAGAUUGGACAUCCUGUGUCUUCCUUGCUGUUACAAUGACGCAUACGGCUUCCUCGGUUGUGCGUCGUAGAGUACGGUAUGACUGUAAAAUCUAUCAAUUUCGUGUAGUUUCUGUCUUUGUUGGCAGGUAUUAUACCAAGUCUAAAAUCCAAAACACUGCUUGUUUGCAUUAAACAAUCGCCACAGCCUUCAUAAACAUCUUCAAUCCAUACAGGACAAAUCAUAGCAUAAAGUGUGUGCCAAAAUGUACACGUACACAUGCAUACAUGUACGUUGACUAGAAUGUCUACUCCUUGAAUCGACAUGUUGACUGUCAAACAUGUAGAUGAAAAUAAUGUUUCAUAUGUUUCAAGUAAAGCGUGACCUCUUGUGCGCAUCAUACUAAAAAAUGUGACAUUAUCUCCCCUCUGAAGUUUCUUGUUAGUACAUGUACAUGUAUUUCGCGUCUCAUUUGUUUUUCUAUGUGAACUUAAAAAUUCAAGAUAGCAAAUUUUAUACUUUGCUUUUCGUUUUUGAUUUAAGAACAAUCAGUAUAUGCUGCUCCAGGUUUUGUCAUUAUUUCAGUACUGCUUUGAAUUUUGCUUUAUUUUGCUGAUCAUAAUGUUGAUGUGUUAUAUAAACUGGCAUUUGGAACACUCAUUUUGUUGGUUGGUCAGUCGGCCCUUUUUGUUGUAGUUGGUAUGAGAUGGUACAUGGGCAUGCAGUUGGUUGGGCCAGUUGGCUCAUGCUGGCUGUCUUGGUACUUGCACGUAGGCCUUGUGAACUAGCAGAUUCUAUCUUUGCUAUUGUUUGUGGGGGUGUUUAGUUGGAACUCUGCUAUUUCCCUGUUCCCCUGUUGACUUUUGACCUUCCGGCCAUUUUCUUUCGGCCUGGUAUGUAUACUACGCAAAAGUCAAAUGAAACCUUUCAAACACAAACUUUUCUCAACUUGGAGUAAAAUGGCCAAAUUUAAUUUGUUUUCAUUGCACAUAGGUGUUCGAAUGGGUUCCCUCGCAGAAAUGAAAUGUAAGAAAAACACAAUCCGUGCUUUUGUCCAGUGAUGUUAAUUGCUUCGACCUCUACGGAUGUUGUGCAAUUACCAAAUGGACUGGGCGGGCGAUUCUGUGAGAAAUAUUUAUAUUUUCGUAAGGCGCCAACAUAAAUAUAGGGGCUACGUUGUUUGGAUUGUGGACGUGUUCUUUGUUUUGAUAAUUAGAAAUAAGUGUCUGUGCUGUGUUAAUCUUUUUGACGUGUGAUAGGUGGUAUUUAAAAAGAAGUGUUUUAAUCUACAGAACUGGUCUUGUUUAAAAGAUUGCUCUUGAGAAAUAAGAGAGAGUUUUUCGUCGAGACGAAAUUAGCUGGGGAUCUAUAAAAGGGAAUGUUUCGCGUAAACCGAUUGCUGUUGGUUUUUACGGUUACGGAGUACAUGUACCAACACUACUCCGAGUCUUAAUUGGUAUAAAUUACAUAGAUGUUUGCUAAACAUCUCGUCACUGUGAAAAAUGAAGCCGACUAGCUUACUUCUUGUAAUCUAACGCCAAAUGGACCCUUUCUGGAAGACGCUUGUUUUGAAAAAAGAAAAGCCUACUGUUUUAUGUACACGUAUACUGUUGAAUGUUGAAUGCUUGAGCUGUUGUUUUGCUCAAAAUAAUCCAACAUCGAAUCUUGAAAAAUGGCUUUUUUUAUUCUUGACUUCAAAAAAGCACGGAAAACGCGGGGUCUCUUGACGUACAUGCAGAACAAAACAUCAGGAUUUCUGA